UUUUCCAGUGUGCCUCCUCGAGAUCCUACGCCUAGCGCCGGUAGCUCGAUUAUACUUUUGUUGAGCGCUUUGUACAAAGCCUCUUCAAACGGCGAAAGUUGCUCAAAUCCUAGAUGAAACGAACACACGCCUUCCACGCCGCUGUCCAGGUACCUCCCAGCCUCGUUGGGCGUGCCGUUACAGACAGAGUCGCAUGUCGUCGCCAUACCCGAAUACUGGAGGAGAGACCACAGGGGGCUGGAAUAUCAACCAGAAAAUUGAAGUAUCGGCGUGAUAUGCUGGAUACUCUUCUGUCGGCGUGUAAGCAGACAAAAGCCUUCGCGGAACGGGAAAAUGCUGUCCCGCUUGUGCAGAAGUUUCUAGUUUUGGCGCAAACGCUGGAAAGUUCAAAGGCUGUCGCAUUCUCCCUUGGAAUUGCAGAUAGUGUGGAGAUUGCGGCCUCGACAACCGCAGAGAAGGUUGCUGCAAGUUUAUACUCGUCGCCUGAGCUGGCAUCUAGUUCGCUCGAUCGUCCUACACCAAAGCCCGUUCAGAAAGACUUCUUGCACCCCCUCUGGGUCGCGCUUCUUGCAUUCAAGUUAGGCGGUCCGAUCAAUGCAGCCUCCACCACACACCAACACGAAUGGAGACUUCCAAGCGAAAAGACGCGGGAUACACCGAGCUUUUAUAGUGAGGGCGACUUCGUAAACAUGUUCGAGGAUCUGCGGAUCGCCGUAAUAUGGGAGACGCGCGAUGGUGAAGCAGCCGGUCCAUCAGGCAACCACACCGUAUUUUUGACAGGUGAUGCCACGCCUCGACCACUAGUAACAUUGGGAACGCAAGAUAACGCAGCUAGUUCGCCAAUUACAAUACUCUACGAUUGCGGACAUGCUGCGUUGUACUACGAUUGUGAUGAUCCGGAUGUUAUACGCAACAGCAUCAGCGCAGACCUGCACCUGAAUGCUAUCUCGGAUGAAGAUAUCCAGCUCUUGAAUGGGUCGCCCAGUGAUGUGUUGCGUGGAAAAUUAUCUCUAACAGAAUUGGUAACCAAUUUUCCCAUCGCAAAAUACGCCACACAUUUCCACAAUCUUCUUUUCGACAGUGUCUCACUCAAUGCCAUUCUCGCAACACUAGGAACGCUCGACGUACCACCAGCACCGACCAUCCCGAAGAUUGGACGAUGUCUGUUGGAAGAACGGUUCGAGACAUACAAGAAGGACAACUGGGCUCAUCUGCCACUGGAGAUAAAGAGAAUGGAAACCGACGUGUAUCUGGAAGGCACAUAUCCUACAGCAGCUGACUUUCUAAACGGUGUUGUCCUCAAAGCACGUCGUGAUGUUCAUCUACCUGUCGGAGUGAAACUGUUUCCACAGUCUCCUCUGGAUGAGAUUUCAGAAGAGGCGAGAAAGUUUAUCCGAGACUUGCCAGGAGACCUGAUCUCGACUCGAAUGGCGUACUAUGCAUCAGCUCUUAUAGACUCAGCAUAUACCAUUGGAGACCUAAUCCCAACCGCGAACUUGCACAAGUUCGCAGAGCUACUAGAGCGGCGCUGCCUCGAAUUGAUCGGCAUAGGAUUUAUCGACGAUGAAUCUCGGCUUUCGUCCAUGGCGGCCCUGGCAAGUGCUUUCGGAAAUGCUGUCGAUGGGCUGAAAGAAGUGCAGAUGGUAGCGGAGCCAUGGAUUGAAGGCUUGGAUCUGCAGGUUUAUCGAACGCGUUGCUUGUACCUCUUUUGGUGCGCUGGUAAGUGCCUCUAUACGAACUGCAUGUGAGACAUACCCUGACUUCGUACGCUUUCACUUAGACUGGUUAGUUUGCUAUACGAUGAAACCUGUAACGGGAGCUUUCAUGAUCAUGGAUGCGGACACGGCUAUAGCAGAUGCGCGGGAUAUCGGAAGAGAGGUGCAUCGGAUGGCGAUAGUGUUCCUGCGCAACUGGAUGGCUUGGGGUCUGUUCGUAGAAGGCUUGCCACAACGAGGCUUCUUCGUCCGGCGGCCGUAAGAACAGCGGUGGUGGUGAUUACUCAUAGGACCUAAUUGCUUCCCUGCCGUGUUAUCCUGAUUCGUGGGCUGCGGGCUUGAGAAGUGACAUUCCGAACCGUGUCGCAAGCCGAGUGUGGCUAAGAAUUGUUUUGAUCAUGUGCACGCGGAAGCUCUACAGUGAAGAGGCGUUCCAACAUGCACCUAAGUAAGUA